AGCAAAUAAUGGUUAAUUAAUUUGCUUAUUUACUCAAUAUUUUUUAAUGUUGACAGAGACAGAGUAUAAUUGAUGAUUAAUAAGACACCACGACAAGCACUUGUUUAUUUACAUAGCACUGUACUUCAUAACUGUUAUUGGUAAGAUACUUCCAUUCCAUCUUGGAUGGCUGAAAAAAGCAACAUACCAAGAAAAGCAAAGUUGCAGUGACUGACACAGACAUAACAACAUUACAUGAUGCUAAAUUCUGCCCCUGCUAGCUUCUGUACUCGAGCAAACGCUCUUCUCAGGAAGAAUUUAACCUUCCAGAAACGGAACAAGAAGACCAACAUUAGGCUGAUUCUAUUCCCAUUGUUCCUGUGCAUAUUGCUGGUUGUCCUCCAACAUUUAGUCGACAAUCAAUUGGAUAAACCUGAAUUCAAAUGCGGCUGCAUCUGUACCAACGACAGUGAAACAUGUGGUGACUCAGAGAAGGUUUGUGGAGUCCAGUAUUCCGAUCAGAAUCAAGUUUUAGCCUGUGCAGUUCCUAACCCACCUGAAUGGCCUCCUCUCUUGCAACUUCCGACCGGCGAGUUUUGGUAUUAUACCAUGCUCUUCACAGCCGACAAUGUCUCCUUUGGACAGAUGGUGACUGACAAUAUGUUUCCAAGUGAAUUGACUAUGAAUUACACCGAUAUCAUGGCUAGUUUGGCAACAAACGUGCUGGGAUCUGGAGUAACGCCCGACAGCAACAAUUUUAUUGAACCUGCUUUCACUUCGGAUCGUCCCAUUUUUUAUCUACAAACCCACUGCCCUCAGGACAACUUUUCAUUCCCAGACAUCUACCAGAUAGGAGGCAUGCAGCAGUAUGCGAACUCAUUUUCAUACAAGAUAGCAGGCUUUACUGUGGAGAAAGAUAUCAUAUGUGCCCGCGGUGUAAAUUUAUGGUGGUUCAGUGCUUCUGAGAUCAACCAUCAGUUAUAUCUUCAAGAGAUCAAUACAAUAGUUUCAGCUUUUGAUUUUCUAAAUUCAAAUGAGAAUGGAUUCAAUGUCACUGUAUGGUACAAGUCAAACUACAAGGGUGUCAAUGAUUUUGGUCCUACUGAAUUGUUGCGAUUUCCUCGUUCUGUAAAUUUGAUAUCCAAUGCAUACCUGCAGUUUCUGCUGGGACCUGGUACCAAAAUGUUAUUUGAGUUUGUAAAGGAAAUGCCAAAAUCUGAGACGCCAAUUAGGAUUGAGAUAGCUUCUCUCCUGGGCGGUCUGUUCUAUACAUGGGUCAUCCUGCAACUUUUUCCAGUUGUUCUGACAUCACUGGUUUAUGAGAAGCAACACAAAUUAAGAAUCAUGAUGAAAAUGCACGGUCUUGGUGACGGGCCAUAUUGGACGAUUACAUAUGGUUAUUUUCUUGUAUUAUCAGUGAUCUACAUGUUGUGCUUUGUGAUAUUCGGCUCUGUCUUAGGAUUAAAAUUUUUCACCUUGAAUGACUACAGCAUCCAGUUCGUGUUCUAUUUCAUCUAUAUAAACUUACAAGUUUCGCUGGCAUUUCUGUUGGCUUCCUUUUUCUCAAAUGUUAAGACUGCUACAGUAACCGCAUACAUAGGUGUCUUUGGCACUGGGCUAUUAUCCGGGUUUCUUUUCCAAUUUUUUAUUGAAGAUUCUUCAUUUCCGAGAGGAUGGAUCAUUUUUAUGGAGUUGUAUCCUGGGUUUGCUUUAUAUCGUGUGUUGUAUGAGUUUGCACAGUCUGCCACCAGUGGCAGUAAUUCUGGGACUAAUGGUAUGCGGUGGCAGGAUCUGAGUGAUAACACCAAUGGCAUGAAAGAGGUCUUAAUUAUCAUGUUUGCUGAGUGGAUAGUAGUGCUUUUUUUUGCUUAUUACAUCGAUCAAGUAUUUUCAACAGGAAGUGGAAAAAGUCCACUUUUCUUCUUGAAAGGAUUUCAGAAAAAGCCUCUUUCAUCAUUCAAGAAGCUCAGUAUUCAAAGGCAAGGGUCAAAUGUUUUGGCUCAGAUGGAGAAACCAGAUGUCAUCCAAGAGAAGGAGAAGGUGGAGCAGCUGCUACUUGAACCAACCAUUGAUCAUGCAAUUGUUUGCGAUGACCUAAAAAAAUUCUAUCCAGGAAGAGAUGGAAACCCGGGGAAAUUUGCAGUGAAAGAAUUGUUCCUUGCUGUGCCUCGAGGGGAAUGCUUCGGUAUGCUCGGUCCUAAUGGGGCUGGGAAGACUUCUUUUAUCAGUAUGAUGAUUGGUCUCACAAAGCCAACAUCUGGUGCGGCAUAUGUUCAAGGUCUGGACAUAAGAACUCAUAUGGAUGGAAUAUAUAGUAACAUGGGAGUAUGCCCACAGCAUAACUUGCUGUGGGAAAACUUGACAGGUAGAGAGCACCUACUUUUUUAUGGUAGACUUAAAAAUCUUAAAGGUUCGGUCUUGACUCAAGCAAUAGAAAAAUCUUUGAAGAGUUUAAACCUUUUCCAUGGAGGCAUUGCUGAUAAACAAGCUGGAAAAUACAGUGGAGGGAUGAAGAGGAGGCUUAGUGUUGCAAUUUCAUUGAUUGGGGACCCCAAAGUUGUUUAUAUGGAUGAGCCAAGUACUGGAUUAGACCCUGCUUCAAGGAAAUGCCUAUGGAAUGUUAUCAAGCUUGCAAAACAGGACCGUGCAAUCAUUUUGACUACACAUUCUAUGGAAGAGGCAGAGGCCUUAUGUGAUCGAUUAGGAAUAUUUGUAAAUGGUAGCUUGCAGUGCAUUGGAAAUCCAAAGGAGCUGAAAGGCAGAUAUGGAGGAACUUAUGUGUUCACAAUGACAACAUCUUUGGAUCACGAGAAGGAUGUGGAGGAAAUGGUAGAACAGCUCACUCCAAAUGCCAACAAGAUAUACCAACUCUCUGGCACCCAAAAAUUUGAGUUGCCAAAAGAGGAAGUUAAAAUAGCGAAUGUAUUCCAAGCUGUUGAAGUUGCAAAAAGAAACUUCACUGUUUUUGCAUGGGGUUUAGCCGACACCAGAUUAGAAGAUGUCUUCAUUAAGGUGGCACGUGAGGCUCAAGCAUUUGAUACGUUGUCAUAAUUUUUACUCACUAUGCAAGGUUAAGUGUGUGUAUUGUACAAAUCCAAGCGUUGAAGUGAUUUGCCUCCAGAGGAUUUAUUUUGAUGAUAACAUCAAACCUUUACAUGUCAUAUCACUGCAGAUGUUAUCAGCUAAUAUGUAGAAAUAUGUGGUUAGAUGGUUCUAACUAUUUUAUUUGAUAUAUACAGUAAACAUAAGUUAAUCGAUA